AUGACGGGAGUGCGCUCCUCUCCCUCUCCCCGUCCCAGCGACGCUUCUUCUCCUUCACAUCCGUCUUUUUCUCAGUCUCCUUCUCCACUUUUACCUCCUCCUUCUUCUCCUUCUUCACUUGUACAUCCUCCUUGUUCUUCGUUUUCAGUGUUUUCUGUGUCUGCGCCUUCAUCUCCCUCUCCACUUUCAUCUCCUCCUACCUCGUCUCCUCUUUCUCAGUCUCCGCAUUCUGCUUCUUCCUCUUCAGCUACCGUCUCUCGCGCUUCUGGCGCUUCGUUCGCGUCGCCUUCGGCUUGUCAGUCGUCUCGUAGCUCUCGUUGUCGGUCUGCCCACUGUGCGUUUUUGCCGCCUUCAAGCGCCUCCGCGGCGUCGUCGCCGUCCGCGCGAGCGCCGCGUUCCCUUCUCUCUCCUCUGUCGGGCGCAGGCGCAGCAGGCGGAGGCGAGGGGCCGCCGGCGCGCAGAACUUGCGCUCGACUCAGCAUGGCGAGCUUCGGCCUGAGCGCAGUGGAGGCGAGGGGAAGGAGACACUCGUCUGCCCAAGCUGCCCUGUGCCCCGAAGGCGGGUCGCUCGCCACGCAAAAAAACCGCAGAAAAAACGGAAAAAAUCAUAGGCAUCUGUGUCGUUUCGCAGCUUCUCCGCGGACUCUGUCCUUGCCCCGAAGGAGUGCCUGCACUCGCUUGCGAUCGUCUCCAAUCGUUUCUUCUGCGGUCGCCUUGCGCCUGCCUCCCGCCGCUGCGUCUUCUCUUAUGGCUGCCCAGCGAUCGGCGCCGUCGCCUGAGGUCGGCACCGAACGCUGCACUUCGUCUUCGUUCUCUUUUCCUCCCGCCUCUCCGUCUCCCUCUCCCUCCCUCUCUCCUAGUCUCUCUCUGUCUCGUUCUAGGCCCUGUCUGUCGCCUUCUUCUGCGUCGUCUCCUUGCUCAGAAUUUGAUUCCACCUCCGUGUCGCCUUUGCGGCGGAGCCCCGCCUUUCCUCCGCAGGUUCGUGUUCUCUGGCUUGCGCGACGGAAACGUCGUGCCUUCAUUCCCACGAGCAGGACGCGCGGCGGCCUUUUUCUUCUCUCGCUCUUCAGUUUCUGCGUCUCAGCUGGCGUCGUUUCAGCAGUCGAACUUGGAGUGUACGUACACCCGGCCCGCUGCGCUCAUUCCGCAGAUUUCGCGUCCUCGCCCGCGCCGCCUUCGAUCGAAUGCGAUCUCUUUGCCUCGGGGAUUCGGUCCUUCUGUGGCGCAUGCAGCGGUCCGCGUUGUGGCGCUGCGCCGCGCGCCACUUGUCUCUCGCAUUCGCUUCAGACCUCUUCCGUCCCGCUAUCGUUCAUUUCUGAUUCCUCCGCGCGUCCGCCGCGUGCUUCCUCUGAGGCUCUGCGGCCGGAGCUUCUUUCUCGCCGACUCGCGUCUCUGCACUGCUUGCUGCCUCGUCGCGACGCUUCUGCGCGAGGCGGCGUGUCUUGUCAGCUCCGGCUCGGGUUUCUGUGUCUCGCGGCGCGGCCGCGCGAGGCCUCCGCAGUCGCCACCGGCUGUGCGUCGGGCGCCACUUCUGUUCCACGAAGGAACAGCCGCUUUCAGCGCGAAGGCGUGCUGGGCGGGGAGCGGCUCACGCUGAGGCCGAAGGCCAUUUCGCUUCCUCUCUGUUCAGACGGCCUCUCGCGGUGUCAUGCGUCACCCGUCUCCGCAGGCGCGUCGCCGCCUUCCGCGUCUGCGCCAUCUGCAUCGCACGCAAACGGCAGCUCGCGAGAGCUUAACGACGCAGACGCCGCUGUGGAGGCGGCGAGUCUGCGUGUGUUUGCGUCCCUCUUCGGCCUCCAACGCCCGCGCGACGCGCUGGAGACCCCAGAGGCGCCGCAUCGCCCGCAAGCCAGUCAAGCCUCGCGAGGCUUUUGCGCGCAGCGACGACAGCUGAGCGAAAAGGCGCCCGCCGCCGUGCACGAGCUGGGGGGGGUGCGGUCGCCAACUCUGCGUGCGACAUCCACGUCGUCAGCGGGGGCUGAGGAGGCUUCUGUGUCGGGAGUUCUGGCCGCAGCGGCGCCUGCGCCGCCUUCGUUUUUUGACGUUUCGCCGUUUUCUGCAUCGUCUGGGGAGAGUCCCGAGGAGUAUCUGCUCAGGGGGCGGCUCGCGGCGCCCGCGCCGGUCCUGGAGAACGCGUCGGCCGUCGUGGCGCGGAAUGCGACGACGCCGUUCGCCGCGCUGAGUCCCUUUCGCGUGACCACCGAGCAGCGCGCGCGGAUGGAGCCGCAGGUGCUGGAGACGCUGACGCCGUGGAAGCGGAUUGUCACAGACAAGUUCGUGAAGACUGCGACCGACACGUUCAUCCCGAAAACGCGCGAUUUUUCGAUGCACAAAAUCGCCCAAGAGGCGGCUGCGCAGAGCGCCUCCGUCGCCACCGAUCUCCCCCUCGUCCGCGAUGCCGUCGCCCGCGCGGUGCUCGCCGCCGAGCGACAGCAAGCGCAGCUCAGAGAAAAGGAAAAGAUAGGAAAAGAACCAGAGCAGGGAGAAGAAGGAGAAGACAGAAGAGAUCUCGAAGGAGAUGAGGAGAACCGUCGGCCGGGGGAGACGCCGGAGGCGGCUGCGGAGCGACGGCGGAGACAUAUCGCGCGCGAGACCGAGAGGCACAUGAAGAACUUGCUGGGAGGCGGCACGCAGGUCGACUUCGAAGACUCCUUUCACUUUCACGAGUCCUGGCUCGCGGAAGGGUACGAGGACAUCAGCGCAGAGCCGCGCUUCGUGUCACCAGAGUGGGACGACGUCCCGCGCCCUUGCAAGAACUCCACGUCGAUUACGACGCUGACGGCCUCGCACUUGAGCCGCCCCCUGAUUGACACGGCCGACCCGCGGAAGCGCAACACGCUCAAGAUCCAGUAUGUCUCGCCCAAGGAGAAGAAGCGCCAAGCCUUCUGGGAGUCGCUGCUUGUGCUGGGGAGAGAAAACACGCACUCGCGCCUCGCCGCGGCUCACGCGUGGCUGGCGGAUCGCCACGAACAGCAGCAAGAAGAAGCCUAUCGCAACCGCAGGCAGAUCAUGGAGCUCGCCGUCCUCAGAGAGCGCCGCCGCAGAGAAAAACAGAAACGAAUCGAGGAAGCUGGAGGCGUCUACACACCGCCGAGGCCGCCGCCUUAUCCGCUGCCGCUGCACUAUCUCUACGUAAACCACCGGCUGUAUAACUCCUUCAAACUCCUGAACGCGAUCGGCUGGGACGCCUGCUUGGAUCUGCCGACGCCGCACUCGCGCCUGGAGGCCUUCCGUCACGAGCACAACUUGCGCUCCUUCUAUCUCCUUCCGGUUGACGAUCGCGUCAGCCUCGCAGCGGGCAUUCGGCGCGCGCGCACCGCCGCACCGCAGCGAAGGCAGGCGGCGCAGGGAACGGCCGCUGGGAACGGGGCGGCUCCACGGGGGCCUGCGGAGAAGACGCCCGCGGCCGCGCCGGCCUACGAGGUUGUCUUUCCUCCGCUGGACUCGCCCUACCUCUCUGGCGCUCGCGCCGCGGAUCCCGCGCCGCCUCCGCCGUCGCCGCCAGUGCCCGCCGCGUCCUCAGCUCCCUACGCAGCCUCCGCGGCCUCUGCGCCGCCACUGGUCGUGCCCUCGCGGCUGGGCGAUUUCUUGCUUUCCGAGAUGGACGCGGUGCUAGUGCUGCGCGACGGAGUCAUCGAUUCGAAGCUCAGCCGCAACCUUGACCAGUUCGGCGGCGUGGAGGGGGCUGAGGAGGAAGUCGAGGGCGCCAGUCUCCUCGAGCGCGGCACCCGCCGCUCGCCGCCAAGCGACGACCCUGUCCAUCCCGACGCUGACGCGACCGACGCCGACGCCGUCGCCGGCGAGCUUCCAGAGGACGGCGACGCAACGGCGGAUGCGGCAGGUCGCUCGGCGUCGCGCGAUGGAGGCCGGGCUGGCGGGUGCUGUGGAGGCGCGGGCGGUCGGAGCGGCGCGCCGGCGCCGGGGAACGCCGAGCGGGAAGAGGGGGAGAAGCCGGCACUCCCUGCGCAUCGCACGAAACGGGAGGCGGCGGAGGCGCGCCGCAUCACGCGGCGGCUGAGGUCCACGACGAGCGCGUAG